CGCUCCGGCCUGCCGUCCGCGCGGGCCUCGGCGGCCCGGUACCCCGCGCCCCCCGCCUUCUCCCGUGGUCUGGCUCCGGUAGCUCCGGCCGGCCCUGGGGAGCCGCGUCCCCGCGUUCCCUCAGCCUCUCUGCGGCUGUGACGCUUCGCAGAGCCGUGCCGAGGCCGGGGCACCGGCCCGGCGGGCGCCCAGCGCGGCCGGGUGACCUCUGUCCCGGCGCCCCUCGGCCGUGCACCGCCCCCCGCCGCGCGUCAGGCUCGUCCACCCGGGUCGUCUCUGCAGGGUCCCUCGUGACCAGCAGCCAAUUUGUGCGGGAUGCUGUGACCAUGCAGAGGAACAACUCACAGGAGCUGGAGCUGUCUUCUUCUUAUCUGUGGAAGCACAUCUGAGCAUAACCAGAGACAGUGUCAAUUCCUGGGAUCUGCUGCGUGGCUGAGCGAGAGCACGGCCCCCGUUGCUGACAGACGUGAUGCUGCACCGGUUGCUGGCGGUGGUCCGAGGACCGGGAAGCCGCCGAGGAUGGCAGAAGGGCUCCCCGGCCAGAGGCAGCGCGUCAGCGGCCGCGGCGCCCCCCGUGGCCCUGCCCGCCCAGGCGCAGGUGGUCGUCUGCGGUGGUGGAAUCAUGGGCACGUCCGUGGCCUAUCACCUCUCCAAGAUGGGGUGGAAGGAUGUUGUCCUUCUGGAGCAGGGCAGGCUGGCUGCUGGCUCCACGAGGUUCUGUGCUGGCAUCCUAAGCACCGCCAGGCACUUGGCCAUCGAGCAAAAGAUGGCAGAUUAUUCAAACAAACUCUACCAUCAGUUAGAGCAAGAAACGGGGAUCCAGACAGGUUACACUAGGACGGGCUCCAUCUUUCUGGCCCAAACUCAGGACCGGCUCAUCUCCCUGAAGCGCAUCAGCUCGAGGCUGAAUGUCGUAGGCAUCCCCUGCGAGAUCGUCUCCCCCAGGAAAGUGGCCGAGCUGCACCCUCUGCUCAACGUGCACGACCUGGUGGGGGCCAUGCACGUCCCCGAGGACGCGGUGGUGUCCUCCGCCGACGUGGCGCUCGCCCUGGCCAGUGCCGCCUCCCAGAGCGGUGUUCAGAUCUAUGACCGGACAAGUAUUCUUCAUGUUAUGGUCAAAAGAGGUCAAGUCACCGGCGUGGAGACAGACAAAGGACAGAUCCAGUGCCAGUAUUUUGUCAACUGUGCUGGUCAGUGGGCGUACGAGCUGGGUCUGUGCAGCGAGGAGCCGGUUAGCAUCCCGUUACAUGCCUGCGAACACUUCUACCUUCUGACUCGCCCCUGGGAGACCCCGCUGCCGAGCAGCACGCCAACUGUUGUAGAUGCCGAUGGAAGAAUUUAUAUUCGGAACUGGCAGGGUGGCAUCCUGUCAGGGGGCUUUGAGAAAAACCCCAAACCAAUUUUCACUGAGGGCAAGAACCAGCUGGAGAUUCAGAAUCUGCAGGAAGACUGGGAUCAUUUUGAGCCCCUGCUGAGUUCCCUGCUGCGUCGGAUGCCACAGCUGGAGACGCUGGAGAUCAUGAAGUUGGUGAACUGCCCCGAGACCUUCACCCCAGACAUGCGGUGCAUCAUGGGCGAGUCUCCCUCAGUGCGGGGCUACUUCGUCCUGGUGGGAAUGAACUCCGCAGGCCUUUCGUUUGGUGGAGGAGCUGGAAAGUACCUCGCUGAAUGGAUGGUGCACGGCUACCCCUCGGAAAACGUCUGGGAACUGGACCUGAAGCGGUUUGGAGCCCUCCAGAGCAGCCGAACCUUCCUGCGCCACCGUGUCAUGGAGGUCAUGCCUCUGCUCUAUGACCUGAAGGUUCCCCGCUGGGAUUUCCAGACUGGAAGGCAGUUACGCACCUCUCCUCUCUAUGACCGGCUGGACGCGCAGGGAGCCAGGUGGAUGGAGAAACAUGGAUUCGAGAGGCCAAAGUACUUCGUGCCACCAGACAAGGACCUCCUGGCCUUGGAGCAGAGCAAGACUUUCUACAAGCCAGACUGGUUUGAGAUUGUGGGGUCGGAAGUCAAGUGCUGUAAGGAAGCCGUGUGUGUCAUUGACAUGUCCUCUUUCACAAAGUUUGAAAUAACAUCCCCUGGGGACCAGGCGCUCGCAGCUCUCCAGCGCCUCUUCUCCAACGACCUCGACGUGCCCGUGGGCCACGUCGUGCACACCGGCAUGCUCAACGAGCGCGGCGGGCACGAGAACGACUGCAGCGUCGCCCGGCUGGGCAAGCGCAGUUUCUUCAUGAUUUCUCCAACCGACCAGCAGGUCCAUUGUUGGGCUUGGCUUAAGAAAUACAUGCCAGAAGACAGCAACCUGAUUCUGGAGGACGUCACCUGGAAAUACACUGCCCUCAACCUGAUUGGUCCUCGAGCUGUGGACGUGCUGUCCGAGUUGUCCUAUGCCCCUAUGACUCCAGACCACUUCCCAAGUCUGUUCUGCAAGGAGAUGAGCGUGGGCUACGCCAACGGGAUCCGGGUGAUGAGCAUGACGCACACGGGCGAGCCGGGGUUCAUGCUCUACAUCCCCAUAGAGUACGCCCUGCACGUAUACAAUGAAGUGAUGAGCGUGGGCCAGAAAUACGGAAUCCGGAAUGCUGGGUAUUAUGCUCUUCGUAGUCUCCGAAUUGAGAAGUUUUUUGCCUUCUGGGGUCAGGACUUAAACACCCUCACCACACCCCUGGAAUGUGGAGGAGAGUCUCGGGUGAAGUUAGACAAGGGCGUGGAUUUCAUCGGGCGCGACGCGCUGCUGCAGCAGAGGCAGAGUGGAGUGUACAAGCGCCUCACCAUGUUCAUCCUGGACGACCACGACACAGACCUGGACCUCUGGCCGUGGUGGGGGGAGCCCAUUUACCGGAACGGGCGGUACGUGGGCAAGACCACCAGCAGCGCCUACGGCUACACCCUGGAACGCCACGUGUGUCUGGGCUUCGUGCACAACUUCUCCGAGGACACGGGGGAGGAGCAGGUGGUGACAGCGGAUUUCAUCAACCGGGGAGAAUAUGAGAUUGACAUUGCAGGACACCGGUUCCAGGCCAAGGCCAAGCUCUACCCGGUCUCCUCCCUCCUCACGCAUAAGCGCCGGAAGGAGGACGUGGAGCUGAGUGACUUGCACGGGAAGUGAGGCCAGGCGGCCUCCUUGCCACCCCUCCUUAUCAUCAUCAUAGGGGUUUUUCUCCUCCUCCCGACCCCUCCCUUUUCUUGAGUUAAGCCUGGCCUCCCAUCUCUUCUCUCCUGGUAGACUUUCCCGCUUUUAACUCUUCCUUUGCUCCCUCCUGUCUCCCUCCAUCUCCCCGUCCCCCUGCGUCUCCCAUCUCCUCGUCCCUCUGCGUCUCCCAUCUCCUCGUCCCUCUGCGUCUCCCAUCUCCUCGUCCCUCUGCGUCUCCCAUCUCCUCCUCCCCCUGCGUCUCCCAUCUCCUCCUCCCCCUGCGUCCCCCAUCUCCUGAUACUCUGGGCUGGUCGCUGCUACUCCACCUCUCAGGUUCCCGUGGUGGCAGAGGGUAGGAGCAGACUCCUUGUGAGGUGGGUUGUGCUGAUAGCCUGACUUCACGUGCUGUGUCUGGAAGCGAGGCAGGCUGCAGGCUAAGUGCCCUUCUCUGUGGGGCUGUUUCCUUGCAAGAACCUGUGAAUUCUGUGGGUUGCUGUUGUGGAACAGCUUAUGCUUUUCAGCCGGGCAGGUCCUCCUCCCAUUUCUUUGUGUUACGGGUUGGCUCCCUUAGCCCUCUGUCAGGAGGAUGACCACCUACCUCGCUGAUGAGAGAGGCAUCGUGAGGAUGAUACCUGGGGGUUAGCAGAGAUAAACAGUUAACCCUCCUGGGCCUCCCCACUGACCCAGUUAUCAGACUGUUGGGCAAGGGCCACCUGCCUGUAAGUUUCUUCAUCUCUUGCUAACCUCUACAGUGAGGGGGUUUUUGGUUGGUUUGUUUGGCUGAGUAGACAAGUAAGCCACACUGUUUGAAGAGAAAGGCCAGUUUGCCUUCUGGGCUGCUUUUCCCAGCUGACAGAGUCUGACCUCAAAGUACAGCUCAGCAGUGCUGAGUCUUCUGGAAACAGUGCUGCUUUUCUUUCAGCUGCUCACAGUUCAGCCACCCCACCUUGAUGAUCCUCUUCUCCGAGCCCGCGUAACUUUCAGGUCAGCCUCCCAUGUCCCUGCCACAGGAGCCGCUGGCUCAGCAGACCUUCUCCCCCUUUAGAGCAGGGCGAGGGAGGCAGGCUGGGCACCCUGGUUGAGGGAGUGAGCCUGGGGCCAUGCUGAGUGGCUGGAAGCCACUUGGGACCCCGGGUCUGGCUUCCCCCACAGAGAAGAGACAGAGCCACGUGGAGGUGCCCUCUGAUCCCAGUGUGGGGAGAGUGUGUUACCUGAGCCCGAGGUCUGCUUCCAUCUUCUCUUUCUAGCCAUCUCUCCACAUCUGGAAUAGAAAGCGACUGGGGUGAGAAGGCCCUGCUCGCUUUAAGCGUUGCCUGUGUUUGCUAAAGAUCUCCCGGACUGUGAUAUCCAUCCCCACAUGUCAUUUCCCCUUGCAGACAAAUUGCUGCUAGGGACUUGAACCGUAGCCUUUGGUGUCUUGGCUGCAUUAGUCCUGACAGGUCUGUAAGUAUAUUCAAGAUGAUCCUUUCAUGUUAUUAGAGAAGCUUAAACUUCUCAGAUCUCUGCCUACUCUGGCAUUUCUCUGGGAUUUCUGUUUACCCACUUGAUCACUGACUUCAGUGUCCACCUUCUUACAAGGUCUUCACUGAUUAAUGAGGGAGUACGUGAUUAGAAAUCUGUUGGGGGUUUGGUAUUUUGAUGUAAGUGUGUAUUUAAUGAGUUGAGAGGUGCUGCUUCCAGGCAGAGAGGAGGUGUGCUGCCCAGCUGGAGAGCACAGAACAGCAGCCGUGAAACUUGGGGGAGCAGGACAUGAGCCUUCGCCAACGCAGGUGUUGCCCGCAGAGAGCUGACUGACCCAGGAAGAUAGAGACUGAUGUAGAACUAAAGGUAUCCCAUGCUCGGCACCACUGCGAAGUUGUCUUUAUAAAUGAAAAUUCAAUUGGGACUGAAUCCAAAGGAAAUUCUAGAUUUUAGAUGUAUGUGUAAAGUACAAGCUGUCAAGAUUCUGGGGGCAUCACUUGUUUUUUGAGUGGCCUGAAACUUACAUAUUUACCUUCUGGCACUUUACAUUCACCCUGGAAAUCUCCUUUGUUUCAUUGGAAUAGGCAAUAUGAAUCUGGUAGGUUUCUCUGUUUGGUCCUAAACUGAAAAGAGUGACUCCUUCCUGCCUCAGGCAUGGUUGACAAUCAAAACAUCCUCAUUUCUGUAUCACUUCCUUGACUUGGGGACUGGACCCGUGACAACUCAUCUCUUUCUUCCUGGAGACUCGAUGGUUUGUUGAAGGGGUGGCUGGACUCUUUGUUUUAGAUGGAUGAACUUUCUUCUCUGAAAUGAUUUGUCUUGUGAGAGGGGGUCCACAAUCUUCUCAGCAUAUUCAGUUGAAUCAUUUUGAACCUAGAAAUACAGUGUGUUGGCUUCAAACAGAUGGAGAAUCCAGGUUCCAAGUCUACUGGGGGUCUUCUCCCUUGAGAUAAGCCCCUAGUUACUUGUAUCACGUGUAAGUCCUAUGGUCAUGUGAUUGACGUUGAAGAUUUCUUCUCUGUGAUAAAAGCUCUAAUUGAGAAGGUUUUCACACACAAAAAAAAGGGACAAGAAACCUCCCUGGCUGGGUAGCCCGUUUGAUGUCCCUUAGCUUGUGUUUUGGUCACACAGCACUGCGUGGGCAGGACACACUCCAGGAGACAGAACCAAACAGUUCCCACUACAUUCAGGUGCUCUUUUGGGGAGUCCCUGUACCCCCUAAAUGCACACUAUGCCAUUUAGCCCAGUGAUUAACCCCAGUCUAACCUUGGCCCCAGAGUUCCCAUUUCUACUGGAGCAGCACCAAGUCACUUCCGCUUGAUUCUCCUCAGGAGGCAUUCAGUCCUUGGACUCUACCUCCUUGUACAGAUCAAGAGUUUUAGCUGCAUCUCUUCUUUCCUGGGCUGUUGCUUCCAAGAAAGUAACAAAACGUGAAGAAUAACUCUUCAGCUUGCUUCUUUCCCCUGCCUUUGCAUGCACUGGAGAUGUUAAUCCUGUCUUCCACCACCACAUGUGUGGCUGGAGUGACAGGCACUUCUGAAAAGUGAUUUUGUGUUACUGAAGAGAUGACCCCCCUUGAUUCCGCCUCUAAAACCACUAUAUCAGCUGGCUUUCAGGCAUUAACUACAAGGUCCUUUUUGUGUCUCUUUGUUGCCUCUUGGCCAGUGUAGUCAGUGAGGAUCGUCUUUAGUAUCCAAGCUAGAGAUCUAGUCAACAGUGUUGAAUAUGCAAGUAUAACCUACUAUUUCCUUUCUUUCUGCACAUCCACACUCAUCCCUCACAAACGUUGAUAUGAGCAGCAUUUUCUCAACAUCAUACAGAGGAAGUUCCUCCUGAGCGAGGAUUCUUCCUCCUGCACGUCAUGUGCAGGCACGUGGCCUCAAACACAGCUGAGUGGGAGAGAGAGAGGGCAGGUGAAGUACACGGCAGUGACCAGGCCGGGCAGUGAGUCCUGAGGGGACUAGGGCUCCCCUGUGAGCAUGUGCCCCACGCCCCUGCCACUCUGCCCUCCACGUUAUGGUGCUGAGUUAGCUGUAAGGCUCCUUCAUUGUCACUAUCUGGGGCUGGCAUCUGCAGCCCCUCACCACUACAGAUACACUAUUUUUUAAGAGGACUGAGUAUUUUUGUAUGUCUUUGCCUUCUCUUUGUCCAUUAAACACCAGAGUUGUUCCUUGUAUAAUAUGAUUCUUCUCUGAGCAAAACCCUUGGAGAAUUACACAUUUCUUCAUGGGUCAUUUUUCUCAUGAUAUUUAGAUACACCUGUUUUUAUCCUUUGCAGACUUCCUCCCUUCUCAUUUUUCUGUCUCUCAAGGACAGGAAUUAUAAGUCGUGGAGGGGAUACUUUUAGCACCUGUUUCAACAGAUUGAUGCCAGGAUUCCCUUUGCACACCAGGAACUGGGGCUUGGGGCCCUCCUCCGCCCAGCCAGGUUCUAGUGCCUUACACUCCAGAGCAUCACACAGCGGGCAAAAAUGGAAGAAGGACCUUCAGCAGGCGGGUGUGGUGGGGUCGAAAGCUUCCGCAGCUCAUUCCAGUGAAGGGUUUUCCAGCAGCACAGCUAACACUACUCUCUGGUCAACCCCUGGGAUGUAUGAAAACGCCACUGUAACUAGUGCAGCGGAUACAACUCAUUCUUUGCGUUUGUAAAUGUGCAGUUCAGCUCAGCCCUUUCCCAUCCCUGUCAGCAUGUGGUCCUGCAGCUGUGCGAGGCCCUUUAGUAAACGGGCUCUUUCUCCCGCACCCUGGGGAUGACAGGCACCCAGGGUGACCGAGUGUUUCUGCCCCCAUUAAUGCGGCAUUAACUUUGUGCACUGUGUUUCUAUCAAGCCAGAUUUCAAUUAAGGUUUUCUUUUCAUGUUACUAAGUUUGUAAAUGAAUAAACAGACAUUUUCUCAACUCCU